CGUCUGGGGGUGGGGAGGUGGCGCAGACGCGCCGGUCUUCAGCGCCAGCAGAAACAUGGUGGCGCCGGCUCCGGCUCCGGCUCCGGGCGGCGGGACUGGCCGCCGCAGGGCUGCAGAUGCGGCGGCGGGUAGGCCAGAGAAGGUCUCCCCUGGAAAACCACAGCCUCAGAAAGAGAGCCUGGAAACGGGGGAGCUCACGGGGUGUCCCCUCCUAGAGAGGAUGCGGGAUCACUCAGAGCCGACGCACAGAGAGACGAAAAGCACAUUUGAACGGACGUUUGAAAACCCUUGUCGACAGGACACUCCGAGCGUUUGGAUUUUGUUUUUAGUUGUUUCCGUUUUUACCACGGAGCUAUGAUGCAUUCUCUCUCAGCUGCCAGACACGGCGUCCAUUAAACCAAAGAGCGAGCUCAAACGAGAGACACGGUGAAUUAUUAAAUUCUCUUCUGGCCCGCGGCCCCCUCCGUCAGCCCUGAACACCAGGUCAGGUAUUUAUUUUCAGGAUCAAUGGAGAGACGUGGGGCUGUCAGCUAAGAGCCAGAGAGUGGCUGCGCCUCCCUGAGGGGCCUGGACAGCCUCCCCCACCUCACCUCCAGCCCUACCUCCUCCUGCCCUCCCCACUGACAUACUGGAUUUCACAACGUUAAAAAUAGCUGCUGGGCACGAGGAGCUAUCUGUGAGCCUGGGCCCAGCUCAGAAAGGCAGGCCUCCCUUGCCCGAAAGCCGUCCUGGGUGAGCGUAAUCCUAGCUCCCUGCUUACUUUUCGCACGGCACACGAACGUGCUCUUCGCCAAAAUAGGUCCGGAUUGUUUGAAAUACUCACAGAGAAGUGGGACUCUUUAGCUAAGUCCUGACAUCUUUCACCUCCUUAAUAAUCCAUCAGGCUUAUUUAUCUUCCCGAGGAAUCCAAUGGCAUUGUUCCACAUUUUUGCAAAACUCCCUUGAAAUUUCCCAAGGAUGUCCAGACACCUCACUGUGAAGGACCAGCCCCAGCUCCACAUAGCCUGUCCUGAGCCCCAGAGAGGGGGACGUGGCCGGAAUGACUCUCCAGAGCUCGGAAGGCUGUCCUGGCCUGGGAACUGAUGUGUUCAUCCCCCAGAGCCUACAAGAGGCUGAAGAAGACAGCAGGUCAGAAAGAAAUGUCAGUGAGUUCGAGCUGCCACGGGACCCAGAAACUCCUAACCUCCCACCUUUGCUUCCCAUGGCCCUUUGGGGCUCUCAGGGCGGGCUGUCUCCAUGCCACCUGCUGACCGUGAAGGUCAUCCGGAUGAAAAAUGUCCGACAGGCUGAUAGAGUGAGCCAGACAGACUGCUUUGUGAGCCUCUGGCUGCCCACCGCUUCUCAUGAGAGGUUGAGGACUAGGACCAUCUCCAACUGUCCGAACCCAGAGUGGAAUGAAACCUUCAGCUUCCAGAUCCAGAGCCAAGUGAAGAACGUGCUAGAGCUGAGCGUCUGUGAUGAAGACACACUGACCCCAGAUGACCAUCUCUUGACAAUCCUCUAUGACCUCACCAAACUCUGCUUCCGGAAGAAAACCCACGUGAAGUUCCCACUCAACCCAGAGGGCAUGGAAGAGCUGGAGGUGGAGUUCCUGCUGGAGGAGAGUGCCUCUCCACCCGAGAUCCUCCUCACCAAUGGCGUGCUGGUGUCUCGGCAAGUAUCCCGCCUGGAGGUUCAUGCAGAAUGCAGGAGGCGGAGGAAGAGCAGGAAAAUGAAGGACCUCCUGGUGACAGUGAAGGAGUCCUUCCAGCACACCCAACGCGUCUCGUGCUGCCAGGAGCCCUGCACCCCAAACCCAGCCUGCUUCCACUACCCCAAGUACUUCCAGCCCUGCAUGCACGUGGAUGUGCCCAAGAGCCAGUGCAGCCGCGGGCUUUGCUGCUGCUGUGCACACAGGAAGAACAGCGCUGUCCGCCAGCCCCUUGACUGCCUCCCCGAUGGCCAGACCGUCACCCUGCCAGUGGGCGAGAACUGUGAAUUACACAUGAAGUCUACACCCUGCCCUCAGACGCUGGACGUGCGGCUGGGCUUCAGCCUGUGCCCGGCAGAGCAGGAGUUCCUGCAGAAGCGGAAGCCGGUGGUGGCGCAGGCACUGCAGGAGGUAUUGCAGCUGGAGGCCGACCUGCCUGUGGACGAGGUGCCGCUGAUAGCCAUCAUGGCGACGGGGGGUGGAACGAGAUCCAUGACCGCCAUGUACGGCCACCUGCUGGGACUGCAGAAGCUGAACCUCCUGAACUGUGCCAGCUACAUCACUGGCCUCUCCGGGGCCACCUGGACCAUGGCGACCUUAUACCGUGACGCCGACUGGUCCUCCAAAAACCUGGAGCCCGCCAUAUUUGAGGCACGGAGGCACGUGGUCAAGGACAAGAUGCCUGCCCUGUUCCCAGACCAGCUGUCCAAAUUCCAGGAGGAGCUUUGGCAGCGCAGCCAGGAAGGCUACAAGGUCACCUUUACAGAUUUCUGGGGCCUGCUGAUUGAGGCCUGUCUGGGGGAUGAGAGAAAUGAAUCCAAACUGUCAGAUCAGCGUGCUGCUUUGUGCCAGGGCCAGAACCCCCUGCCCAUCUACCUCACCAUCAAUGUCAAGGAUGAUGUAAGCAACCAGGAUUUCAGAGAGUGGUGCGAGUUCUCCCCCUACGAGGUGGGCCUGCAGAAGUACGGGGCCUUCAUCCCCACCGAGCUCUUCGGCUCCGAGUUCUUCAUGGGGCGGCUGAUGAAGAGGAUCCCAGAGUCGCGAAUGUGCUACAUGUUAGGCUUGUGGAGCAGUAUCUUCUCACUAAACUUGCUUGAUGCCUGGAAUCUGUCCCAAAGCUCGGAGGAGUUUUUCCACAGGUGGACAAGGGAGAGAGUGCAUGAUAUCGAAGAUGAGCCCCUCCUGCCUGAAAUCCCCAAAUGUGAUGCCAAUGUCUUGGACACUGCGGUGGUGAUCCCAGGGUCGUGGCUGUCCAAUACUUUCCGCAGCAUCCUCACGCACCGGUCCUUCGUGUCCCAGUUCCACAACUUCCUGUUGGGGCUGCAGCUGCACACCGACUACCUCCAGAACAGCCAGUUCUCCAUGUGGAGAGACACGGUGCUAGAUGGUUUCCCAAACCAGCUGACAGAGUCUGUGAACCACUUGUGCCUGUUGGACACUGCGUUCUUCGUCAACUCCAGCUACCCGCCCCUCCUUAGGCCCGAGAGAAAAGUCGACCUCAUCAUCCAUCUCAAUUACUGUGCUGGGUCCCAGACAAAGCCCAUGAAACAAACAUGUGAGUACUGCACCGUGCAGAACAUCCCCUUCCCCAGAUACGAGCUGCAAGAGGACGAGGAAAACCUCAAGGAGUGCUACUUGAUGGAGAGCUCCCAGGAGCCUGAUGCCCCCAUCGUGCUUUUCUUCCCACUCAUCAACGACACCUUCCAGAAGUACAAGGCCCCAGGUGUGGAGCGAAGCCCCGAGGAGCUGGAACAGGGCCACGUGGACAUUUAUGGCCCCAAAACUCCAUACGCUACCAAGGAGCUGACGUACACAGAGGCUGCCUUUGACAAGCUGGUGAAGCUCUCUGAGUACAACAUCCUGAAUAACAAGGACAAGCUCCUUCAGGCCUUGAGACUGGCGGUGGAGAAGAAACGUCUGAAGAGCCAGUGUCCCUCCUAAGUCCCCGUGAGCCACACCGAUCCUGUGUCUGCUUCUAUGGCCAGCGGCACCGAGCCCAUCGGGGCUGACCAGCCUGCACAGCUCUGCUCUCCGGCAAGGGGGGCAGGCAGGCUGACCUGGGCUUUCUAACGAAAAAUGAAAAAUUUAAAAAGUUGAGGGAGAUAGAAAGAGACAAAAGAACAUAACAUGGGCAUGUGUUGGGAUUUUAGACCCACAGGAAUUUUUUUAUACCUUUCCCUGAAGGGAAGGGUGUCCAGUAGCCACAGGGUCCCACACUUGCCCAAAGUGUGAAGAAUAAAAGUGUGGCCUCCGGAAGAGACAGGUUCCCCAGAAACCUCAGCCUGCAAGCUGGAGCUCAAAGCCCCCUUGACUCUACUCCUCUCGGCCUCCUGGCAUAGCAGGCCUCCAGGAAUAAACAAGAGGAGGACCUGAGGAGUACCUGGGUUCGCUGGGAAAACGCCUUUUUAAAUUUAAGGCAGUCAUGAUUUUUACAGGCUAUUAUAUUUUGUGGUUUUCAUUGUUUUGAAUCAGGGUAUUCAUAGAUAGUGUGAUGCCAGAAGAUCUAGACCGAGCAGUAGACCGAGCCCUGGUCUCUUCAGCAACAAAGCCAAACAGGUGACUGAUGGGUCUCAGCAGCCCCUCUCCAGGAGCUCAGAGCCCCAGGACCGGUGAGCCCUGGGAUCUCAACCAGGCAGCCUCACGUGAGUACCCAGCGCCAGUGAAAUGCCAGGCAAAGCUCGCAUCUGCUGCUCACAUUCACUGAACAAGGAUCCGGGGUGCAGCUCAGGGAUGUCUGAGCAGGUAAAUGCAGUCAGGCAUCAGGCCAGCGCUCGCUGACCAGCUUGUUCCAGGAGCACUCCUCGGUUCUCUUCCCACCUUCCUCUCCAGUUUCCAGAUGGGAUUAUUUAUUUCUAAAUGGGAUUCGUCUUAUUUUUCAUGUAAACACUGUGGCCAGCACAUCCCCAGCCCUUGGAGAGUCGCCCCGAGAGAACAAAACAAAGAAGAAUCAAUCCUUAAAGGAGUAGGUUAGCCCUGAGGAAGAAGGCCAUCCAUCCUUGCCAAGGGUUGGCAGACGAAUCACUGGGAAAGCCCUGGGCCCUUCACAGAGAAGUCCAUCAAUCCAGGUCUCCCAUCAGGCUAGGAACUCGACUAAAGAAAUAUGUAACCUGAGCCAUGGAGAUGCCCAGGCCAAUGGAAGGUGCGACCAGAAAGACAUGCGGUCUGCAUGAAGCCCAGCACACCUGGAAGACUUGGCCCUCUUUCCCGGCCUCUAUGCUCCCGAAGCAAUCCUUGGGUGGUUAGGAGAUGAUGAGUGGUGACAAGCAAUGAAAGUUCAGAAAAAUCGGCUUCCAAAAUCCAUCCUUGCUACUCAAAGUGUGGUGGGGGAACUGGUUAGAAAUGCAGAAGCCCGGGCUCCAGCCCAGGUCUGCUGGAUCAGAAUCUGCAUUUUAAGGAGAUUCCCACCUCCUCUCUGCGGCACCCCCCGCCCCAUCCCCAUGAGGCUACACAUAGUAAAUUUGAGUGGUGUGGAUUUAUGCCAUACUCUCCUAUAAGCUUGGAAAGCAGGAAUCCAUCAACUUCCCUAAGCCCCUGGUAAAUAGGGCUCCUGGACCUGCAAAACUGGUCCCCACCCAGAUAACACAGACCUGGGAUGCCACCCGUCCGCUCCGCCAGGGAAGCCAGCAGCCACCACUUUGACAUCUUUUCUCUCCAUCAGCAACAAACAGGCUCUCCUUAAAUUAGAGUGAGCCACGCUGUAAGACCUGUUUGCUGUACAGUGAAGACAGCCCUGUCUUGGAUUCAUCAAAGUGUGUACAAUGAGGCUUAUAAAAUCAUUAUAUUAUUUGAGCACAGAAUAAAAUGGCCAUGUGGGUAGUUGCUGUUGACUCAUCUUCAUUCAUUAUCUGAUGCUGCAAAACCAGCCUACCUCCUGCCCUCACCCCUGCCUGGGCUUCUCACACACCACUGUGUUCUGUCCCCACGUCCCCGUGAAAACACUUCUCCCCAAGGUCACUAAUGUCCUGACUGCCAGAUACACUGAGCCAAAUGGCACCAGCCCUUUUCCAGGCCUUAUCUUACUCGAUUGUUCUCGAUAUUUGGCACUGCAGACCACUCCUCCUUCCUGAAACCCUCCCUUCCCACGACUUCCUUGCCAACAGCAGUUCAACUCAGUUCCGCCUGCAAAUAUUUCUUGCCUUCUCGCUACAUGCCAGUCACUGUGGUAGGCACUGGGAAAAUAAAAAUGAUUAACAAUUGACCCCACACUUCAAGGAGCUUCCUUCUGGUCCCACGUAGAAGGGCUUCAUCAAAACAGCCUUGCAAAACAAAGGGAAGUUCCAUAUUAGCUGUGUACACAUGGGGAACACAUUAGGGGCUGCCAGCUAGGCUUCCCCCUAGAGGGAAGGGGCCAGAUUUGCUGGACACCAUCCUUCCUGGAUUCCUUCUCACUUUCCAGCCCUUCCUGCAGUCUCACCUCCCCUGCCCUCCAGUAACUGCUGGUAUUCCCUGAGGUUCUCUGCUCUGCUCUCCUCUCUUCUCACUCCAUACUCUCCUUAGGCAAUCUCCUCUACACCCAGAACUUCAACUACUGCUUCUAUCUUAAAAAUUCUCAAACCUUUA